AGUGAGAGUCAGUCAGAGACUGAUCCAAAGCAUCAGAAGAGAAAAAGACGUGAGGAAAUUAACAGCUGCGUAUCAGAAAAAGACUAUCAUGGCAUCGAUAGAUCUCGGGUUCAACGGGGCUCGUAGAAAAGUAUUAGCGCGUAUCAGAGCUGUAGAGAGGAGGAAUCUGAUCACCGUUUGCAGGUUCUCAGUGAAGACCCUCAUUGAUCGCUCAUGUUUUGAGACGAUAGACGACACAUCUGCUGAGUUCAACAACUUUGUCUCCGUUCUAGAAAAUAUUCUCAGUCAUAGACUGAAAGGUCAGGUCAGCUGGUUUGGCUACGAGAGCCCGCGCAGUUUCUGGGAUUACAUACGUGUGGCGUGUAGUAAAGUCCCGCACAGCUGCAUCCAUAGCAUCGAGAACAUGGAGAACGUCCGCAGCUCUAGAGCAAAGGGUCGUGCCUGGAUUAGAGUGGCGUUAAUGGAGAAGCGUUUGUCUGAAUACAUCUCUGCAGCUCUGAGAGACUUCAAAACUACAAGGAGGUUUUAUGAGGAAGGGGCUGUAGUUCUGGGUGAGGAGGCGGGGCUUCUGGCAGAUACACUGAUUGGACUGAAUGCCAUUGACUUCAGUUUUUGUCUGAAAGGGGAGGGGCUUGAUGAGAGCUGUCCUGUCGCCAUUGACUACACACCGUACCUUAAAUUCACACAAACUUCUGACAGCAUCAGCAGUGAUGAGGAGGAAAUGAGAACGCUGGGCAGCAGCGGCAGUGAAGCAGGCACUCCUGAAACCCACAUGGCCGCCAGUCUGAUGGCCGAUCAGAGCACCUGGUACAGCAAGAGCAAAAGACUAGAGCAGAAAUACAGAGUCGUGCUGGAACAGAAGGGUUAUUUGGAGGAGCUGGUGCGUCUGAGGGAAAUUCAGCUCUCUGAGUCUGUCUCUCAGAAUAAAUCUCUACAGCAGCGGCUCACAGACACAAAAACCAGCCACAAACUGGAGAAAGAGCACCUGGAGUUCAUCAUACUGGAGCUGCAGGAUCAGCUGACGGUGAUGAAGAAUCAUGACCUUCGCUCCAGACAGGAGCUCACCUCGCACCUGACAAACCAAUGUCCCUCACCUGCUACCUUGGAUACCAAUGCAGUUGCCUUGGAUACACUCCUGUACAGGAAACGCACAGGACCAUGGGAAGAGAAAAGCUUCAAGAGUUUGGAGCAUCUUUCUGCAGAUAUGAGUCUCUCGCAGAUGUCUCUGGAUCCAGCACAAGUGAACACACACAGUCUGGAGAGCAAGGCAGGACUUACACACUGGCACAGAGAAGGGAAAGAGGAUACUCCGUCUCUGAGGGGUUUGUGUGGUUCCUUAACCUCAAUGGCCAGUUACAAAUCUCUGGCCAGUCUCAAGUCCAGUGAGUAUCUGGCCAGUCCAACAUUAGACAUGACCAGCCCAGGACUGACACCAUCCUGAGAGACAUGUAUAGACAUAUAAACGCAUACACAAACACAUGAAACCUCAGUGCCUUCCUGACUGCUUUUAGUUUAAUUUGAAGUGCAAUUCAUUUUUAAAUCUGAACGUUUGGCUGAUGAAGUCCAUAGCUAGUGUUAGCAUUAGCAUUAUUGAACAUUGAGCAUAAUUUAUGAUGAUGAAUGACAGUCUUGACUCAGGACAUCAGUGAAUUUCAGUUGUUAAUAUACCUAGUUCAAAUGUUAGCUGUUUUUGGAAAGUCCAUAGAUUAAGGUUUUUGCCUCUGCUCAUAAAAUUUGUCCUGUGUGGAAUUAUGCUUAAUUAUUACUAAACUUCGAUUUAACUUCAGUGCCCCUAUUGAAAAUGAUAGUUUAUGAAAAAACAACAACAUCAGAUUCAAAGCACGUCAUAGCUACUUUAUACCAGCACAGCUGUGUGGAAAAUUGGUUGUCUGGGCCAAUGACCAAUUUACAAUGAUAUCUCAUUAUUUAACUUAAUUUUAUUUUAUUACAUUUUAUUUCAUCAUAUUUUAUUUUAAUAAAGAUUUCUAGUCGCAAGCCUCCUCUAAAAUCAACUUUUCAUAAUAAAUUAUAUCAGUUAUUGUGAUUAAUCUGGCCCCUCUUUAGACAUUUUGGUCCUUUUUAAUAAAACAGAAUGAACGUGCCAAGUAAAAUACAUUUUAAACCAUUUCACCAACCAACACCCCUUUCAAAAUUUUUACAUGAAUAUAUAGCUGUGAUAUUCAGUAAGAAACAUAUUUAGGAUGUUAACUUAAUUGUAUCCACCAGAAAUUGUCUGGAUUGUGAGAAGUGGGUGAUCUGUCUCAGAAUGGAAAAACUGGAGCCCUAAUAAUGUUGAAUUGUCCAAUUAGGACAGAAUUGUGAACAACAAAUACUGCUUUGUUGAUUUGCCAUCAUUUGUCUUUUUAGGGAGUAAGAGGAAUGUGAUUUCAGAAAAUUCUCUGGUGUGCUUAAUGUGGAUAUUAAUACAUUUGUUUAUUAUCUCUGGCUUUUAACUGAAGUGUUUUGAGAUUCACUCUUAUGUGAGGAAGUUUUACAUAUGAGUUCUGUGAUUUACAUAAUCAUACAGCACUCAAACAUCAGUUUUGCAUUUUUUCCCCAUCUUCACUCACAGAUGGUGGCUAAUGUGCGCUGGUGUGAAGCAUUGCCAUGCAUUUCUAUACAUUAAUAAAAAUAAUAUGAUGCAUGUUGGACUAGAACUAGAAUGUAUUCAGAACCAAAAGCAACGAUCUUUAGCUUCAUCUGUAAACAUCUGAACCAGUGUUGUCAAUUUCAUGGGAUUAAAGUUUAUCAUUUCCUUUCAUUUUGACCCAUACAAUGUUUUUUUUUUUUUUUUUUGCCAUUGCUACAAAUAUACCCCAGCGACUUAAGACUGUUUUUUUUGUCCAGAGUCACAUUUUACAUGUGAAAUGCAUGUUUUACAACGUUCAGAGGCCAGUACAUCUAAAUGUGCAUCUCAAGAUUCUUACUGCACUGUUUGUGCAAUUAAAUGCAUUUUAUGUGUAUAGUGGAAUGAAGGAAAUGCAUUUGAGUACCCGAGUGUUACGUUUCUGUUUCAAGAGUUUUAGCCUUUAAAUUUGAGAAAAAAAUAACACGUUUGAAACUGCAGAAUUGUCACAUUGAGACAUUUUUGAAUGUAUUUUCUUUCUCAAUGCUUUGAAAUCUUUUUUUGUGAUUGAGCUUUUGUUUCUAUUGUGUUCGGUUACAUUGUGACAGAAAUAAAUGGGGUGAGGAUAACGAGGCGCAAUGAGAUGAAUAUCAUAUAUUCAGCUAAUUAUAAUUUAGCCUAAAUAUAUUCAGUCAAAUUUCACUUUAUGUCCUCAUCUAUGAUUUUUUUAUUUAUUUUCUUCAAUAAAUUAAAAUGUAAAUACAA